AUGACUCAGUCAGCUAAAGGAUCCAAGUAUCGCCUGUCGGUGACAGCAGGCACGGACUAUGACACAGCCACCCAUGAAACAGUCGAGGUCAAUGGCAAGACGCUAUGGCUGGACAGUGAUCGUGCAACCAUUGAUCUCAGUGUCCGAAUCCAGGACUAUACCGGAUAUCCGGAUUCUUCACCAACCUCGAGCCCCUACUUCCAGCAUUCCCUACACACGAACGACCAGUACUCGAUUUCUUUCUCAUUCACCCCAAAGGAAAACAUCAAUGGCAAUGACUUGAUCUUCGGGAACGAUUUUGACAAACCGAUCCGCGACCGUCUACCACCGGGCUUCAACGCGGCCUUGCGCGUGGUGAAAUGGACCCUCGACCCCUCCAUCGAGGGCGACGCAUACGCCGACAAGCCCUAUUUGUUUAGCCCGGCUCUAGCCACAUGGAACCAGUUCCGAAUUGGCGACAAGAACCAGAAGCAGAAGGCUUUGGUGACGAGUGAUUAUGUGGUGGAGGAGGGCGCCGAUGGUCAAGGCACAGAGCGUCGCAGCCAGCUCAAGAUUCCACAGACUGCAGCCGAGCGUAGAAAAUACUUCCAGAACGAGGAUAACCGCAUGGCAUUCGAUUUCGAAGCUGGGAGGACGUACCUGGCUGAUUUUGGCAAUCAGUACCUAUCUUUCAGUGACCUCGCGAUUCACCUGCCGGGUUUUCAUAUCCCUGUGGCAAAUCUGGUUGAUGAGGACAACAACAACAAGCUGCGCUACGUUCUGAAGGAUUCAAAGACAGGUCGCGUGUACCUGGUUGUUCUCUUGUCGCUCGUCAAGCAAGACCCGGAUUCAGAGAACCACCACCAGCAGCAGCAGCAGCAGCAGCAGCAACAGCAACAAGAACAACAACAGAGUCAGGAAUGA